AUGACGACCACCAGUUUCAAAAUAAAGCCAAUUCUGUGGUCCGAGUAUGACCACCAUGCCCUGAUCCUACUCCAGGACGAAAAUGGGCCGUGUGCGUUGAUUGCCCUUGUAAAUACUGUUAUCUUGAAACACCAAAUAGAAUCUAGAAAAGUCGCCUUUGGUGAAUUGCACCGGAAUGAACACCAGGAUAGGAGAGCCAGAGCAAUAGAGAACUUGCAGUCACGAUUGGGUCGGUUGGAGGCGGAAAAAAAGUCAAUUUCAUUGAAUUCUCUUCUCGAAUCUUUGGGAGAAUUGAUCCUCGAGUUGUUUGAAAAUGAACAAUAUCCUGAAUACGACGUUGAUCGUCUCGUGUCGAGCCUCCCAUUACUACACACAGGGCUUACGGUAGAUCCCAUACUCACAGAUAUUACUUUUCCCAAGUCAGAUUUGGCUUCUGUUCUUUUUGGAAUUUUCUCUUUGUCGUUCAAACAUGGAUGGUGUUUAGACCCCAACGAAGAUCCUGAAGCCUUUUCUUUCUUCAGCCAGUACCCAACGUUCGAUAGGGCCCAAGACUGCUUCAUACAAAACCCUCAGGCGUAUUCACAGGCCCAGGAAUGGUUGGCUGCAAAUCGGUCGCAAUUGACAUCUUUUGGUUUACGCAAAAUCGAUUCUGUUAUGGAAGACGACGAGCUUGCUGUGUUCUUCCGCAAUAACCAUUUCAGUACGCUCUACAAAAAGGGUCCUGGGGAAUUUUACUUGUUGGUGACAGAUGAGGCCUUCAACUCUCAUCGACGUAUAGUGUGGCAGUCAUUAAACUCUGUUUCCGGGAAAGAUGAGUUGUUUUUCACUGGAGAUUUUGUGCCAGUGUUCCUCGAUGAUUCUACUGAUCAUGGUGCCACCGACAUGUCGGACGACUAUCUUUUGAUGAAACAGCUUCAAGAAGAAGACGAUAUGCGCAUGGCUCGCAACAUCCAAAAACUGUACAACAAACCUGCGGUGAAGCCUGAGAAGGAGGGAAAAGAAGCGAAGACUUCCAAGCCUCAAGAAAAGAGCCAGGAAAAGAAGAAGAAGAAAAAGACCGACUGUGUAGUCAUGUAA